AUGUUGGGCUUUCCUCUUGACUCGCAAUCUACUCUGGCCGGCCUGCAUGCGCUGCUGCCCUACCUCCCUCUCAUUUUCGUAGCGACCACGAUCGCGCCCCUUCUUUUCUUCGCCGCAUUUUUCUUCAUUGUCGCUGUGUUGAAAUCACGCAGUGAUCAUGCCCGAAUUCCCCAAGGUCUCACAUGGAUGGGCAAGAACGACAGCGAGUGGUUUUCCGCGCUGCGCGCCAACUGGCGCGGCUGGUUCCAGUCCAUCCCGAUGUACAUGGACGGCUACAAGAAGUACAGCAAGAAUAACAAGAUUUUCGUUGUCCCAACUUGGACUCGUGCCCCGCAAAUCCUCCUACCGCCCUCCAUGGCGUCUUGGCUUGCCGCACAGCCGGAGCAUAUCGUCAGCGCCAAAGAUCGUACCUUCAAUGCGGCGCAGUUCAAGUACACCGUUGGCCACCCAGAGAUCCUCAAGAAUGACAUGGUGGAACUGAUCAUCAAACGCGAACUGACCAAGACAGUUGGAACGCUUAACGAAGAGAUCAUUGAUGAGAUCCUGAGCUCUAUGGACUCGCUCUACGGUAGCGAUGGCGAAUGGCGGGAAUGCUACAUUUUCGACAGCCUCACCCGCACCGUCGGCCGCGUCGUCAACCGCGUUUUCGUUGGCAAGGAGCUGUGCUCGAAUAUGGAGUAUGUUAUGGCUGGCACUCGUUUCGCCAAAGCGGUCAACUUGAGCUCGUACGUCCUUCACCUCUUCCCCGAGUUCCUGAAACCAGCGGUUGCCUCUGUUGUCACCCUUCCCAACAAGUAUCAAGCCAACACCUGCAUGAAAUACUUGGUGCCUCUGAUCGAGCAGCGCAUCAAGGACAUGCGCGCCAAAGAUGCCGACCCAACAUAUCCCUGGGAGGAGCCGAACGAGUAUGUAACUUGGUUGGUCCGCGAGUCGUUCAAGCGCACCUCUGAGCUCGAUACCUCCCCCUACAACCUGGCCUACCGCAUCGUGAUGCUGAACUUCGCCGCUAUCAUCACGACCACCAUUUCUUGCGUCAACACCGUCCUGGAUGUCUGGUCCUCCCCUAACGCCGAGGAGCUCGUUGAGGAGAUGCGCGAGGAGAUUCUUCGCGUGCUUAGCGAGACCAACGGCGUCUGGACGAAAGCCGCCGUCGCCAAAAUGUACCGUCUCGACUCUGCCAUCCGCGAGUCGUCACGUGUGUCUGGUGUCGGAGGGACCUCGCUCGCCCGUCAGGUCCGCGUCCCCGAGGGCAUUAAGCUGCCCAACGGCAUCAUCGCACCCCAACACACGACGAUUGGUGUGUCGAUGGACGGCAUCCAUAUGGACCCUGACCUCUACCCCGACCCGCUCAAGUUCGACGCGUUCCGCUUCAGCCGCGAGCGCGAGAACGGGGGCAAGCCAAAGGAGAACGUGGACCUCAGCACGACAUCGAGCAAGUAUGUACUCUUCAGCCACGGUGUUCAUGCUUGCCCUGCCCGAUUCUUCGCGACCAAUGAUCUGAAGCUCAUCCUGGGCCACCUCAUUCUGAACUACGAAAUCGCCCCGCGCCCGCGCCGCGAGCCCAACAUUUCCCUCGGCGACAUCGCUAUCGUGCCCGAAAGCGCGACCAUCAAGAUUCGCCGCCGUCUCAAGGCUUAG